GCAGAGCAAAACAAGAGAUCUACCUAGGCUUCCAAACACCUACAACUUUUGGUCAACAGGGACCACAGUACUGGCAUUGCCUCAAUGGUGAAAUGGUACUACGGAUGAGCUUCAAGGCGAGACUGCAAUCUUGAGAGUUGUCAACUUUUCCGGUGUUUCUUAUUUCUUCUUUUUCUUCUUCCUUGCUACACGUCAACCAAUCAACACAAUGGAACGCUCUUUCAGAGAGAGAAUCAUGUUAUGGCACAGGCGUCAAGAGAGACCAGGAGACAAAGACGCAGCAAAUACAUGGUCAGCAGAUCUAAUGGAAGCAACUACGCCGUCUUCGCCUUCGUUAAACGCCCCUCGCUCCCAGGUGGCCAGCUCACAUGGAAAGACAAGAAAUCAAUGCGAGAGAGAAACUUCUACGGAGCCGGAGAACACAGGAUUGCUGCAGAGUAAAGAAAUGCAAUUCCUCUGGAAUGAUAUUAAUCCUAUUUCGAACAACAUCCCUUCUACAAAAGGUCCUGCCAAUGCCUUACCUUCCUACAAUGAUGUGAGCGGUGCUACCAUUGUCGAUUGGAAUGGUCAGUCUCGCCAUUUGUCGCCAGAGGAGGAGCAAGAACGACAGAUUACACUACAGCAGGCUGUACGUGAGAGGAUGCUCGGGCUUCCGAAAACAACCGAUAUCACCUGGGCUCGUCCUUGGAGUGGUACAGGAUUGCCUCCUUAUUCUGCUUCUGCAAGGAGAAACGACAGCAACAAGGACUAAGGAAGCGAGGCUUCGGCUUUUCUCUGUCAAUGAGCUUGUAGAAGGGGCUUCCUAGCGGGUCGAGGGAAUAUACACGCAGAUUGGUCUCAUUCUUAAGAUUUCUAAUUCGAACCGACAAUCAGACACGGGCUUAUGUUCAUGGAGGAGCUGGCAAGUCCCUUGGGAUCAAGGACCCGAAAGCCUAUGACUACUAUCGAGGAUCUGAGAUCAAAGGCGCCAUAGAUGGAAGCAUCAAGACAGAGUGUUUCUUGUAGUUACCUAUCCUCACAUAAUUUCAG